AUGUCCAUCAUUGCUCGCCAAGCACGGGUCGACGAGCCGUCCUUCAUGCCAGACAAGAUCGAACGUCAUCAGCCGGACGGAUUAGGAGUGAAGCAACACGAGACACUGUGUACUCUACAGCCGGGCAAAUUGUGGGCGAAUGCCGUGUCGCUGGAGAUGGCGAUAGCUCAGAGUUGGCACCACCACAUCUCUCCACUAGGCCUUGCAGAGCUACGAGGGUUUCAACUCCUUGUGAAGUUGAUCGUAUCCGUGGUACUGAACGAGUACGCUCAUAACGCGGAGGACAAUCACGACAAGUGGGAAUCGCCACUUCGCCAAAGUACAUUCUCGAUGGUGAGGUGGGCGCUCUGGUCACUGUUUGAAGCAGGGCCAGAUGUUUCCUGGCGAGCAUGGCUGGAGGGUCCAACUACUACAGGAUCCAGAACAUAUCUCUCGGAUUGGCUGCACGAACGAUGGAACGACACUAAUCCGAGGAUCGCCUUUGCUCAAGACGAAUUGAUUCGCCUUGUUCUAGAAAUCUGCAUCAACGCCUGCAUAGUCGCGCCUAUAGGUCAUAGAACAAAUUACACUCACCCACGAGAGGACAAACGUAGAGUGUCCAACCUGCUGGACGACUUGUCCUUGACCAUGGAACCCAUUGCAGCACUCCGACAAGAGGAAAGGGCUCGAGACUGCUUCAAUCGGUAUAACCUGAUAUACCAGGAUGUGCCAUAUCAUCAAUACCUCCGGCUCGACGAACGUCUGGGUCUGAAGAGUGUUCCGCCUCGCAAGAUGAUACGCUGUUUCUUUGGCGGACGCCAUGCGGGUUUCAUAGUGCCAGCCCAGGAGGAGAUUAAUAUUCUGCGCGUUAAGAACGACUCUGAGGAUCAAAUGCUGGAAGACAUCCGGCAUGGCCUCGUGGUGCUGCCCGCAUGA